AUGACCAGGAGCCAGCCUUUCCAACAACCAGAAGGGGCAGAUGCUCGUGUCUGUAUCUUUCCCCAGCUCAGCAAAACGGAAGGCUAUGGUGCCGUCCACCAUCAAACAGACCUGGUGGAAAUUCCUAUCGCUUGUAUUGAUAAGGUACUUGAGGGCGAAGGUAUCACCAUAAGCUCCUUCGUCUUGGUGGCAUGGGCUGUCACUCUGCGGUGUUUCACCGAAUGUCAAACUGCACAGCUUUGGGUAGGAAAUGGCAUCGAGGCACUCUCCAACACCAGUCUGGACGGAUUGAUAGAUCUUCUUUCCAUUCCAAUUGAAUCUGAGAGUUCACUGAAAAGCCUCUGUCAGUACACAAAGUGGACAAUGACACAUCUCCAUCGACCGGGACAUGCUCCUUGCAAUGUUGGCAUAAUAUUUCAAAAACCUGUCGUUAUUGACUGUCCGACCACACACGAAGACGAAAAUAGAUUUGAUGACUGGCCCUCUGUAAGUGGUGUCUCCGCCCGAUAA